UGUUUUUUUUUUUAACACAGCACGGAUAAUUAAAUUAACCUUUUUGGACGUCAUAAAAAAUCUGAUUCCUAAGGUGAACUCGGAGGCUUUCUCCCUAACCAGUCGUGGUAGCUCGCUCAUAAUUUGGCCAACGAGCCAUACCUCGACACACCCCGUAGAAAUUAACGAUGAGACCGAAUGUGGAAAAAUCUUACAAUUUGUUAAGGUUGAGUCCAAUCCGCAUCUUGAAACUAUUUUCAAAAAAAGAUCUACAAAGAUUGAACCUCUGAGAGUCAUAAACCUACAUUUUGUGUUUGAUAUGGGAAAGGUUGAAGAUAUAGGAAAUCUAUUUAUAGUGCAUGACAAGAAAUCGCGUGCUUACUACAAUAUGAUUCUUCCUAUUGACGUGGUAGUGUUUGCUCAGCCAGAGAAACCAUGGAAACAACUGCAGGAUGAGUUUAUGGGACUAAUUACUUCACAGUUAUCUGAGAUGGAGCAGUGCAUUGAGAAGUAUGCUGAUGGAAAGACUAUUCCAAUACCACAACCCUUCCACUUUGAGCUGCCGGAGAAUGAUACUCUUAUUACAGUGGUAUAUCCCGGGGGAGUGCCUGAGGAAAAACUUGAACCAGAACGACAAGAGUUACACACUAAACUCGGCCUGGACAAUAGGCCCUACUUUCACCGUGCCAUGGCCUAUUAUUUUCCAAGUGAUGAUCUAUUGAGCGUGUACAUAAGAAACAUACACAAAUAUAUUUCUCUUUCUGACCCUGGGAGUUUCAAGGGGAUUUACUUGGUGCAUGGUUAUUACACCUAUCAUCACAUCUUAGAAGAUCAUCACAAUGAUAUUGCCUGGGGCAGUCCUUUUCAUUGUUUAAAAUGCGUCAUCAAUUGGUUCAGAAUACAGGGGUACGUUUCCAAGCCUCUUCCUUCAGUUGGUGAUCUCCAAAAGAUACUGCUCUACGCUCCUCAUGAGAUCAUUGUGGAGUCAAUAGAAUGGAUUGGAUCUCAUGAAAUUACGGGAUUAUUAAGUUAUUUUGGAAUUUCAGCUGACACUAUGCAUGUUCAAAAAACACCUGGCAAUUUUCUGGAUCAAAGAAAGAUCGCCAAGCACUUCAUUGAGCAUGGAACUCCAGUUAUCAUUUCCAGUCAACCUCAGUCGUACGUUUUGUUAGGUGUGGCAAUGAGUGACGCUCUGGAAAACUCGCGAUACCUUAUUAUGGAUCCAGACAUCACAGGAAUUUAUGAUAUGGCCAAGAUAAUUGAAAAGGCUAUUGAGUGGAAAGGAGCAGAUUUCUGGGAGACGUCGGAGGUUUAUGACAUCUUCCUGCCUGCUUAUUAG